CCAUCCAUUUGAAUCACAUAUAGUUGGAGUCAUCGUACUGAUAAUAUUUGUAGUAAAAAAAUGGUUCUUCAAGCCAAACUUGUUCUACUAGCUUGCCUGAUCCUAUCCUCAGCCCUAAUCCAAAUCUCUGAGGCUGGUGAAGGUGGCAUAGCCAUCUACUGGGGUCAAAACGGCUAUGAAGGAACUCUAGCCGAAGCAUGCAAUACUGACCUCUAUGCUUACGUAAACAUUGCCUUUCUUAUCCAAUUUGGCGGUGGCCGAGACCUGGUACUCAACCUUGCAGGCCACUGUGACCCAACGUCGAAUACUUGCAUCAAAUUUGGGCCAGAAAUAAAGACUUGUCAGAGCAAGGGCAUUAAGGUCCUCCUCUCCAUCGGAGGAGCUGUUGGAGGCUAUUCUCUAACAUCUGCUGACGAUGCCAAAAAUGUUGCAAACCAAAUUUGGAAUUCCUACCUGGGUGGUACGGACUCAUCAGCUACACGUCCUUUUGGAGAUGCUGUCUUGGACGGCGUAGAUUUCGACAUCGAGGGUGGAUCCAACCUAUAUUACGACAAUCUUGCAUAUUACUUGAAGGAAUUAUAUGACAACCAAACAACAAAAACCUACUAUUUGGCUGCAGCUCCUCAGUGUUUCUAUCCUGAUUAUUAUCUUGAUGCAGCCAUUAGGACGGGACUUUUUGACUUUGUUUGGGUUCAGUUCUAUAACAAUCCUCCAUGCCAGUAUAGCACUGAGUCUGGUAUUAGUUUGCUUUUAAAUUCAUGGAAUAAUCAAUGGACUCCGGCGGUUACAAACAAGCUGUUUCUGGGGUUACCAGCGGCCCCAGCUGCUGCAGGAAGCGGGUACGUUCCGGUUGAUGUGCUGCAAAAUCAACUUCUUCCGGCGGUAAGGAAUACGCCAAAAUAUGGAGGUGUGAUGCUCUGGUCCAGGUAUUAUGAUGUUCAGAAUAAUUACAGUCCCUCAUUUGCCAACGAUGUUAAAUCGGAUAAUCGGCUAUUCUCCAUCAUGUCUAAGGCUGAAUAAUAUGCCAUUAUCAACCAUGUAUAUGUACGGACGUGUGACUCGUACCUUGAAAUAAUUAUAGUACUAAAUAAACUGGGUACCGUUAUCACUU